GCGUUGCUGGGAAACAUCUGCCGACGCCUGCGGACCGGCCGACAUGGCGGCGGCGGCGGCGGCGGCGGCGGUGGCGGCGCUGGCGCGGCUCGCGGCGGCCUUCCUGCUCCUCGCGGCCCAGGUGGCCUGUGAGUACGGCAUGGUGCACGUGGUCUCCGAGUCAGGGGGCCCCAGAGGCAAGGACUACUGCAUCCUCUACAACCCACAGUGGGCCCACCUGCCCCACGACCUGAGCAAAGCGUCCCUCCUGCAGCUGCGGGACUGGACGGCCUCUGUGCUCUGCUCUCCGCCUGACCUCCCGGCCAAAGGCUUCAGCAACCAGAUCCCGCUGGUGGCGCGGGGAAACUGCACCUUCUACGAGAAAGUGCGGCUGGCCCAGGGCGGCGGGGCGCGCGGACUGCUCAUCGUCAGCAGGGAGACGCUGGUCCCUCCAGGAGGCAACAAGACACAGUACGAGGAGAUCGGCAUUCCCGUGGCCCUGCUCAGCUACAAAGACAUGCUGGACAUUUUCAAGAGUUUUGGCCGAUCGGCGAGGGCAGCGCUGUAUGCCCCCAACGAGCCCAUGCUUGACUACAACAUGGUCAUCAUCUUCGUCAUGGCCGUCGGCACCGUCGCCCUCGGGGGCUACUGGGCCGGGAGCCGGGACGUGAGGAAAAGGUACAUGAAACACAAGCGGGACGACGGGCCCGAGAAGCAGGAGGACGAGGCCGUGGACGUGACGCCCGUCAUGAUCUGUGUCUUCGUGGUCAUGUGCUGCUCCAUGCUGGUGUUGCUGUACUACUUCUACGACCAGCUCGUCUAUGUGAUCAUAGGGAUCUUCUGCCUGUCCUCCUCCACGGGCCUCUACAGCUGCCUGUCUCCACUGGUCCAGAGGCUGCCGUUCGGCAGAUGUCGGGUCCCCGACAACAGCCUGCCCUACUUUCACAAGCGGCCUCGGGUCAGCAUGCUGCUCCUGGCGCUGCUCUGCUUGGCCGUCAGCGUGGUGUGGGGUGUCUUCCGGAACGAGGACCGGAGUGGGAACAGCAUCAUGGUGGAGGUGGCAGCCGGGCCCUCGGACUCGGCCACCCACGAGAAGCUCCCCAUGGUCCUGAAGGUGCCCCGACUGAACGCCUCGCCGCUGGCCCUGUGUGACCGGCCCUUCUCCCUCCUGGGCUUCGGGGACAUCCUGGUGCCAGGGCUGCUCGUGGCCUACUGCCACAGGUUCGACAUCCAGGUGCAGUCGUCCAGGGUCUACUUUGUAGCCUGCACCGUGGCCUACGGGAUCGGCCUCCUGGUGACGUUCAUGGCGCUGGCCCUCAUGCAGCGCGGCCAGCCCGCCCUCCUCUACCUGGUGCCCUGCACGCUGAUGAUAAGCUGCGCCCUAGCGCUCUGGCGCAGGGAGCUGGGCAUGUUCUGGACGGGCAGCGGCUUUGCGAAGGACCUACCUCAGUCUCCUUGGGCGGCGUCUUCAGCCGACGGCCCCCAGCCCCAGAUGGACUCAGACACUGGCCUCUCCCAGCCGCCUCCAGGCGAAGGACUGGCCAAGUGCUCCCUGCCCACGAAGGAGCCCGCGGCAUUGUCUGCGCCCGAGGAGACCGGGGCCAGAGCACCCCCGCAGGAGCCCACGAGCCCAGCCAGCCGCACCCCUGAACCCACAGGCCCAGUAGGCACCUCGGCCUAGAUGAUGGCGCAGACUCUCGGGCCCUCGCUGCCGCCCCUCUGCGCCGAGAGACCCCGAGACUGGAUGUGCUCGGCCCUCCCCCCCCAACUUGGUGCUCUGGUCUGGCCGAUGUCCCCGCUCUUCCUCCUCCUUGAGCAGAGCCCAGCUGCACCCUGGACCCUCUCCAGCUCCUGCUCCCAGCUCGAGUGGCUGCCGUGAGCCCCCGGACCGACGAGGUCACCCGUGUGGAGCGCCCAGCUCCACGGUCUUGCCUGUCAACUCGGUGGUUCCUCAGAAAGGGCAGGAAGUGCCGCCUCCGACCGCCCAUGGCUGCAGAUCCGCCCACAUCUGGUGCUUACCUUGCCGCCACUUCCCUCAGGUUCUCUCCUGUGCCGCGCCUGCGCGUCCCCAGGGACGCUGGCCAGCAGAGCCCAGUCCGGCGCCUGGGCCCUGGAUGUCUGGACUCAGGAUGCGGGCCCGGCUGGCCGUGUCGGGCCUGCCUCUGUGUCGGCAGGGACUGAAAGCGGCGCCCGGCGUGACGGGCCACCCCUCUCGGGCCCGCCUGGCUCUUCCAGCAGCCAGGGCCGCCCAUGCCUGCGCUCCAGCUUCUCCGCCUCUUAAUAAACGGCCAUGACUCGUUGAGCUCCGUAGUGUCACCUCUUGGGUGUGAGUCUCUCGGACCACCCUUGUUGGGGCGGGUGGGUGCCAGGCCGCACCCUCCACGGCGGCUGUGUCUUCUGUGUGGGCUCCGUUUGGUCUUUCAGCUUAGAGGGACUGGGGAGGGGGGCACCGUCCUCUCGGCAUCUGCACAUUCUCAACCCCACCCCAGACCGGCCUCUAGCGACACCACCGGCCGGGCGAGCAUACUUUUUAUUUAAACCGCCCAGGAGUUUCUGCAACGUGGAGAGUAUUCUGGAAUCGGCAUUUUGUCUUCUACCUCACCGACAGGGUUCUCCGAACGUCAGGACAGAAAUGCCGCGGUGCAGCGGCCCCCGUGCCAGGGCCAUGCCCGUCCACGCAGCUUACAGACUCAAGUUCAGAAAGACAUAGACCCUCCAGCCGCACGGUCCCAGCUCUGUCCCCGACGUGUCUGCUGAUCAGUUGUAGACAGCAGGCGGGGGGUCAACCAUGAUCCAUUCCAGAAAAUACCAGCACCAGACAGACUCACAGCCUUUGUCAGCCAUGCUUCUCUAGAAGAAAUGGUUAUUCCAAAAAAAAAAAAAAAAAGAGAACGUUUUCCACCUGUUUCUGUGUGUCUCUUAAAAAAACAGGUGACCUGGGAGGGAGACCAGCUGGACCUGCCGACCCCAGAGAGCCCCUGACUCGGAGGCCGGAGCUGGGGUGCAGCCCUGGGCGGCCGGGGUGCCAGGCCUGAGUGGCCCCCUUUGCACAUCGGCCCACACCUUACUCUAAGCCAUUUUGUACGUCGGUGUAGGAGCCGGGAUUUCUCUCUGUCUUCUGUGUUUGACAAACAUCAAGGAAUUCAAGGCGGCUGUUAGUUCCUGAAGUGUCCAUUUGCAGUUUUUGCCUUCUGUAUUUUUGAAGGGAAACAGAGCAUGAGUGGGGGAGGGACAGAGAGAGACAGAGACAGAAUCCUAAGCACACUCCACUCCAGGCUCUGAGCUGUCGGCACAGAGCCCGCCGCGGGGUUGGAACCCAGGAGCCGCGAGAUCAUGACCAGAGUUGGGCGUUCAACCGACUGAGCCCCCCCAGGCGCCCUGACACAGCUUUUGAUAGUUGUUGCUUGGCUCUCAUGUUUCCCACAGUGUGGCAGCUGGCAGAGCCCGGCCCGGCAGGAUGAGAGUGGCCUGGUCCGCGAGGAUGGCCACACCGCCCCGGGGAGCGCGUCCGUACCGCCCACUGGAGCCGAGCAGGGCUGCUGCCCUAUUUCCUGGCACUGGAGGGUCGAAGGAAGCCCAGUCAGCGCUCAGUCCACCCCGUGUUCCGGGCCAUCGCGUGUCCGUGGUGAUCUAAGCAGCGUGGCGGGGAUCCGCACCCCGCAGACUUUGUGAAGAGCCAGCCAGCGUGUUUGGGGUCUUCCAGGCCACCCAGUCCCUGCCACAACUCAGCCCUGCUGCCAUAACCCAAGUGUCACAGCACGUGGCGGGCAGGCGUGCCCGUGGCCAGGGCGCUGACGGACACAGAGAUGUGGCUUCCGAGUGGUGUUCAGAGGUCACGUGAUAGCCUCCUUUUGGUAUUUUUCAACUAGUCAACACAGUGAAGCCCUUUCUUUGCCAGCAUCUUCCAAGGGCGGCGGGCCCACCCCCGGCUGUGCCGCCCACGGUGUGAGCGGUGCCUCUGCUCUGCUGCAGAGAGAGAAGGCGAGGCUCCCGAGGCCGGUCCACUUGGCUGCGCGGGGCUGGCGGAGACGCAGCAGAGACGCGUCGCUCCUCCGAGAUGGUCCCGACACCGGGUGCUCAGUGGUCUCGGCCAGGCCGCGGGGGCCGGGGGCCCAGCGUCCUUCGUGAGGGCAGGGAGGGCCCCACGCGCAGAGCUGCGGGUGGGCGCAGGGGGGACAGUGCUCCUGCCCUGUGGCGGGGCUCGGCUCGGUGCUGGAGUGCGGGCUCUGUAGUUGGCUCGGGGCCGUGAGGACAGCAGUGUUCUUCCACUAAAGCCCCAGAGCUUAUUUGGUUUCCAUGACUCGUUCAUUCCAUCAGCCUUCAUUGAGCGCCUGCUGUGUGCCAGGCCCCCGCCUCCACCGGGGAUUCACGUGCGAGGCUCAGACCCCACUCUGCCCCAGGUGGCUGACCCUGGAGAGGAGGGACAGGACACGAGUCCACACCUGUCUUUGUCUUUGGGAAGGGAACUUGGAGGAGACAGGUGAGGCCUGUAGUGGGGAGAUCAGCAUGGCUGCUGGGAGGGCAGGAGAGGGGCAGGGGUCUCUUGGCCCCAUGGGGAAGGCAUGGCCGGUGUCACCAGAAGGUGAGGGGGCAAGAGUCCUAGAAAGGGCAUAGUGGCACCUGUCCUGGUGGGGGGAGGGGAGGGAGACCCCCCCUCCCCCCACAGCUGUCGUAGCUCAAGGACAGGUGCAGCAGUGGGAAGAGCCCAGGUCUGCAGUCUUGGCUUACAUGCUGGAGGAGUGACCUCGGUCAUGCCCCUAUGCUCCCUCUGGGGCUGUAGCUGUUGCUUCUGCCAGUGGUGUGACGGCUGCUUCUCCAGGGCCUCCCUGCAUGUGCUCAGGAAACGGGACCAUGCUGCAGGCAGCCGGGACCCGGAGGAUUGCUCUCCCUCUAGCACCAUGCUUGGCUCCCCAUGGCUUAUGGCGUUUCCCACAAAAGUCAGUCGCCACUUAGGACAUGAAAGACGAUGCCACCAAUGGUAGUAAGACAGCUGGUCCCUGGAGACAAUUCAGAAAACAUCCCCCGAGUGUCCUGAGCAGAGAUGAAGAUGUGUCCCCCCCAGGGCCGGUGAGGGAGAAGCAAGCAGGUGGGGAGGCCGAGGGUCCCAGCGUGGCUGUGGCAAGCGUGUCAAAACUGAGGCCAGGCCCCUGCCCCAGCCUGGCCACGACAAACGCCCCCCUCCCCCCGUCCUGACCAGCCCUUUCCUGACUGCCCACGGCUUCGGAAUCGAGGGGCCUGAGAAAGUGCCUCAGCCUGGGGGACCUGGGCCAGAAAAUGAAUAAAGUGCGGAUGUUCGCUAACUAA